CAAUAACAAAGUUGACAAUAACAAAGGUGACAAUAACAAAGGUAAAAUUAACUCAUUCGCUGCAAAUACAGUUGACACUAAUAAAUACAAAUGGAACGAACAGAAAGAACCAGAAAUUCACAAACAUAUGCAAAAUGAAGAAAAGUAUAAAAGGUUAGUAGAAAAAAACUACAAUUCAUAUGACCAAGUUUAUAAUUUAGAACAUAAACAAUCUAAUGAAAGAGAUAUAAUACAUACAAAAGUGGGGGAAACAAAAACAUGUGAAAAAAGAUGUUAUUUUGAAGAUGAAAUAAAAAGAACUAGAAAAAAAACAAACAUUUUAAAUAAAGAUAUAUACGAUGGUAAUGAUUAUUAUGAUACAACAUCUGUACCUACUGAUGAAGUAGAUAGUAACGAAGAAGAAACAAAAAAAAAAAAAAAAGAAAGUGUUACUCAUAUUAAUAAUAAUAUAUUUUUAAGAAAUAAAACAAUGGAAAAUAUAAACUUAAAUGUUUUAAAAAAUAAAUAUCAUUCUGUUUAUAAUAUUUCUUCUACUUUGGAUGAUAAUAAAAAAAAUAAUUUUUUAAAUCCCCAAAUGGAAAACAAUCAAAGAAUUCUUAGUUUUCAUGAAGGAACAAGAAAAGGGAAUCAAGAAAAUAAUUUAUUAUUUAUGAAUAUACAAAUUAAUAAUAAUAAAAUAAAUGACAUUGAUGAACAAAAUAAAUAUUUAAAAGGUUUUAAUUACAUACAGGAUGAUAACAAUAUGUAUCUGAUGGGUAACAGAAAUAAUAUUAUCAAUAAAACUAUUGCUACAACAGGUCAUGGAGACAGAACUACAAACCAGGACAGAACUACAAACCAGGACAGAACUACAAACCAGGACAGAACUACAAACCAGAACAGAACUACAAACCAGAACAGAACUGCAAACUAUGAUGAUACUGCAAGUCACGGACGUCCAACCAAUACAGCACAAUUAUAUGACCAAAUUAAAAAUAAAUAUAAAAACGAUAUGCGAUAUCAAAGUAUAUACCAAUCUAAAAAUGAAGUAGAUAAAAAAAAAAAAUGACAAUUUUUCAGAAAAUUUCACUACUAGUGAUGAACAUAUAACAGGAAGAAGUUAUAAACAAGAAGCAAACCCAACGAAUGGUAAUAAUUAUACUGAUCGUACUUUAAAAAGCGAUUUCAACAAUUCUAAAGAAUAUAACAAUAAAAGUAACAGUAAUAAUAGAGAACAAAGUUACAAUUACCAUUAUUCUGAUGGUAAUAAAAAAAUUGAAAAUUCUUCAAAAGUACCAACACAACAUUGUCUUGAACAAAACACCAGACACUACAACACUAAUACAACACUAACAAAUAAAAAUUAUACAACACCAAUAACAAAUGUGAACGAAACAAAAACAGAUAAAGGAAACACACUAAACAAAUAUACAAUGCCACAAGUGCAAGUGCAAGGUAAUGAACGUACUAAUAUGAACGUAAACUAUAAACAAAAAAGAGAAAAGUCAACUGAAAAUGCUUUAGGAAUGGUUUAUAAUAAUGGAAAUGAUACUGUUGAUAAGAGGAUCAUUGAUAAGAGAGUUAUCGAUAAGAGAAGUAAAAGUAACAUUGUUGAAACAGACAAAAACUCAACCAAAAUAGACACAUCCAUAAACAUUCCACCAAAGUCGUACUUAAAAAAUAAACCACUCAUAAAACAGUUAACAAAUAAAUUCGAAACAAAUAAAGAUGUACACCAUCAUAAUAGUACUAGCAAUAGUAAUGGUACUGGUAAUGGUACUGGUAAUGGCAGUAUGAACACGAGUAAGUAUAAUAACGGUAUACCUAAUUUGAACACCCCCCAUGAAAGCAAUAUAAAUAAUAUAUCCAAUCUAAAAAAAAAAA